AUGGACGUCCAGAAGGUUGAGUCGUCUGCUCCCUCGUCGGUUUCUGUCGAAACGGUCAACGAUUCUCCGACUGCCGUCAUCACAGACCUUGAAAAAGGGGCUGUAGCAGUUGCCCCAAGCGAAGAGUCCAAUCUCGACACUGAGAAAGCUCCAGGACCGGUCGUCACAAAACACGAGAAUGGGCUCACAGAUCAAACAUUUUACUUGCCCAGACGGAAAAUCAUCACUAUAUUCCUAGCAUGUGCAUCCACAGAGAUAGUAGCACUUAUCGACGAAAAGGCAGUUGCUGCGGCCUUGUCGAUUAUCAGUUCCGAGCUUGUGGCAGGAAGCAAGAUAAGCUGGGUCGCGUCUGCAUACUUCUUGCAAAACGAGUACCGCAUGUACCCUCUUUACGGGCGAAUCUCGGAUAUAUAUUCGCGCAAAAAUGUUCUUUAUACGCUUAUAACUAUCUUUUUCUUUGGGUCUCUUGCGGCUUCACUGGCGCAGACAGUUGUACAACUUAUCAUUUUCCGCGCGAUCACCGGUAUUGGAGGUGGAGGAUUAAUUUUGGUGGGACAAUUGAUUGUGGGUGAUGUCGUUACCGUUCGCGAGAGGGGCAAGUACCAGGGUAUCUUGGGAGCUUUCGUUGCGCUCUCAAAUGGCAUUGGUCCCCUAAUUGGAGCUGCAUAUUCACAAAAAGUGUCAUGGCGCUGGAUAUUCCGGAUGAACAUGCCAUUGGCAGUUUUCGCCUCUGUAUGCGUUUACUUCUUCAUGCCUCUAAAAAAGGUCCAUGGAACUGCCAUAGAUAAAUUGAAAAAAGUCGAUUUCAUAGGGUCCCUUUUGGUCCUGAUUGGGACCGGAGCGAUUAUCUUGGGUUUAACAUGGGGAGGAGUCGUGAUUAGUAUUGGAUUCGUCAUUUGGGAAUGGAAAUUCGCUGAACUGCCGUUGAUCCCGAUGUACAUCUUCCGAUACAAAGUCGUCGUCGGCGCAGCGCUGACGCACUUUGUCAACGGCUACGGGAUGUACGUUCAGAUCUUCUAUCUGCCCACGUUCUAUCAGCUUGCGUACGGGUACUCUGCCAUCCGGUCGGCGUCAUUACUCUUACCAGUCGUUCUAUUCCAAACCUUGUUCUCUACUUUGGGCGGCGCAAUGGUGUCAUGGAAGGGUCGCUUUAGGGAGCUCUUGCUUUCAGGGACGACAAGUUGGUUUUCGAUAUUCGCCGGAGUAGGAAUCGGGCAGACCUUGCAGCCAUCGUUGGUUGCUGUUCAGGCGGCCGUAGAAAGGAAGGAUAUGGCCGUUACGACCACUGCAAGGAGCUUCCUCCACAACCUUGGUGGCGUGGUCGGGUUGACGAUCUCAGGAAGUAUCAUAAACAACGUCUUGUCCAAUCAUAUUGUCAAAGUAUUGGGGCCUUCGCUGUCUGACGAGGCUCGCAAGGCAAUUUUGAACGACCCGAUCUCUGCUCGGCACACUCUAGAUGCGGAGACACUGGCAAUUGUGAUCGACGGGUACCGUCUCGGUUUCCGGACCCUUUUCAUUGUGUGCGCGUCGUUGACAGCGUUUGCGUUCUUUACAACAUUGUUUUUAAUUCCGCAUAUAUCAUUAAGGAGGGAUGACGACAAGGCGCUGAAGGCUCAAGCAAAAGAGGAGUUGGAGAGGCGAAAAGAAGCAAAGACGGCCGGGCGCUAA